UGAGUGCAGCGUCAUAGGCUAGCGCGGGCGGCCAUAGGGCUGAAAAAAGUAAGCCAGCGCUCAUUCGCCGACCCAGAACGCGCUCAGGUAAAAAGUUUUGAUAUUGCAGAGGCACGCUCCCGAGUACAAAUCACCACGAGCCUCGCAAUCCCUGUUGCAGAACCAAUCUAGAUAUUGAAAAAAACAGAACGAACAGGAAAAUCGAGAAAAUGCCCGCUGCCACAGAAGAGAAAAUUGCGCCCAAGAUCAUCGACCGUGCGUCUGAGCACGGCGAGGAGAUCGAUGCCUCGGUCGAUCGCGAUAGGAUACGUGUCUUGGCAGGUGCGACCGAGAGCGCUGCAUCUUUUCAAUUUGAUGGGGAGGACCACACGCUCGGCAAUGCGCUGAGAUACAUCAUCAUGAAGAACCCUGAUGUUGAGUUCUGCGGCUACUCCAUUCCCCACCCUUCUGAGACCAAGAUGAAUCUGCGCAUCCAGACAUACGACAACGUCAGUGUGUACCAGGUGCUGGAGAAGGGCCUUGAGGAUCUGAUGAACAUGUGCGAUGUAGUCACACACAAGUUCACCGUUUCCAGGGAGGAGUUCAUCAACCAGAUGGAGCAGUAGAAUAUCAUUACUCCAGGGCACUGGGGAAAUGUCAUUGCAUUGCAGGCGUUCAUGGGUAGCAUCUAAGAAUCGGCGCACGAGAAAGGAAAUGGUAUUGUGACAAAGCUAUAUACACGCUUUCUUUGUCUUGCUCUCUUCUGAUUCCAGGCCGUGAUUCUCGAUCAGUUACGUCCCUGCACUCUGUGAUCAGUACCGUGUGCAGCACAGGGCAGAAGCCUCGGUAUGUGCUUGUGAUCUCACCUCUAAGAACCCAUUGAUGAAGUUCGCUGGCAAUCUCGCCUUGGGAUCCUCCUCUGCGCGGAAGUACUUGAGGAUAUGUGACAGCUGCUUCCAGUAGUUAAGUGUUUCCUGGAACUCCUGGUGGCUGUUGAACAGCAGAACGUCGACCGUUUUCAUUUGGUUCACAU